AUGUAAAUACAUACGUUGUGCUUGUGGAUAUCCGAUUGGGUUGGUGCAGCUAUGUAGCCUGUCCUACCGUGGACGUGUUAUCAGAUGAGAGGAUAUGCGAUGAGGUGAUUUCAGUGCAGUGAUGGUUAUAGCUUUUUCGUCCUCCUCAUGGCGUGUUGCGGUUUGGUUAGCUCACGGUUGGUAAGCUCUUGCUCUUGGUUAUGGAAAUUCUCGACCCGACUGCAGUCGACUCUCUUAUCCUAAUACUGAAUACAUAAAGUUACUUAAGUAGUUUUUGUGUCACUGUUGGUAAACGUGGAUUAUUAACUAAAGUCAUCAAAAAGGAGUCGGUGGGUGGAAUAUGGAAAACAACCAACCCAACUCGAGGCGAGGAUAAAAUAACCUUUCAGAAAUCGGGCAGCAAACUGGGAGAGCCGGCGAAUAGUGACAUCCAGAUUUGUUUGUGUUGUUUUUAAAGAUAAAAACGAAACGAUGAGGUUUAAAUGACCCGUUCCGCAUGCAUUCAUCAUGCUCCACUAACGAACGCUGUGAUUGCUGCAACUGUCAUAUGGAAUGAAAGUUUUUGGAGCGGGGGGCUGAGUGGAUACACGACACAAAUGGAGGGGGACGCCAUUUCAACAAAGAGAUCCGUCAUGUCUGAGUUGGACAGGACAGGGCAGCUUAUCAACUCGUACUUUUUCAGACUAGAGGGACUGGAACGUAGUCUCAAGUACAAACCCAUGACUAAUGCUGAGAGGGAGGCCGCAGAGAAAGACGUAGCGGAAUUGAAGAAAAUUCUCCUACGGGAGGAGAACCGGCUCCAGUCACUUCGGAAAAAUAACAGAAGCUCGGCAGUGGUUGCCGUCGUCCUCAUCUUUGCUUCCUUCCUAAUCUUUGGCCUAUACAAAAUGUAUACUAACAUUCCCAAAGAAGGUUCCGGCGCACCCACGCGGUUAGAAUGGUGACUCUAAUCCUAAGUGAGACUAUAGUAUUACCAAUGCCAAGUUAUCGUAUGCAUUAUAAAACUUCCGUCCAAUUCCACAUUUCUUACUUUUAUAGAAGUUUUAUUUUUUUAUCAUUUUGUUCGUCUCGAUGAACGAGAUAUGUACGAGGUAAAAUAAAACGUGGUAAUUGCUCAAA